GGCGGUUGACUCUCCGAUUAGCCGGUGAAUAUUUCUAUAUUUCUACAAUAUAUUUCCAGCGUUGUGUUGCAAAAUGUUGCAAAGUGUCAAACGAGUUUCAAGUUUGUACCAAAUCGCAUUUAUUUGCGGCUUAAUUGUGGUGAACGGUGUGAAUGAGGUUACAAGUGUUGAAUUCUAUGCAGAAAAACCUGCUUUCCUGCCUUCGUGCAAAAUUUAUGAGCCGGGUUUUACAAAAUGUUCCACAAACACAGUACAAAAGUUGAUAGAUCAGCUGAUAAUUGGUAUACCUGAGGUUGUAGAGGAGUUCGGUCCGUUCGAUCCCAUUCGCGUCCAUGACAUAUAUUUCAAGCAAGACAACAGUGAUGUGGCUACAAUUCGCGCCAAUUUGAGUGACAUUUUAGUGAAAGGCUUCUCGAAGACAGUCAUUAAGGAAAGCAGAGUAAGCAAGAAGGAUUUCAGUUGGAUUACAAAAAUUUUCCUGCCAAAAAUGCGGUUGGACGCCAAUUAUAAAAUGGAAGGACGAAUUUUGUUGAUACCGUUGAAAGGUUCCGGUAAAAUGUAUAUUGAAAUUGACAACCUCGACAUCAUACUUUAUACCAAAACUCAGCUUUAUGAAAAGGCCGGUUUCACCUUCGACAAUGUCACUGCAGUACGUGUAGACUUAAAUAUGACACGAGUCCGCACCAACUUCGAAAAUAUUUUCAACGGACAAAGUAAAGAAGUGGAACGCAGCACAAAUGAAUUCUUCAAUGAGAACUGGCGAGAUUUUUACGAAGCACUGAAACCGAUUAUCAUCGAAACUGUGGAGACCGUACUCUACGAUAUAAUGCAUAAGGUAUUCGAAUUAAUACCAGCGAACUUCUUUGUUGAAGACAUACCAACCUCUGAGCAAUUGUAUGGAACAAAGAAUAACUCAAGCAAAUAAAUAAUUAUUGAAAAAAUACAGAUGUCAAUAAAUGAAGAAACUGA